GACAACUGCAGAAGUAAUUACGCGUCCUAUCAUUUUGCUUCUGGGGUUAAACAAGAUGCGGCCUUGUGUUGAUUGCUACCGAUUAUGCAUGUCGGACCCAUCCCUUAAAGUCGCCCUACGUACGGAACCUAGGAUCUCCAUGCAUAAUUCAUAUAAAAUAUAUGUCGCCGUCGCCGAGUUAAGCUUUAGAUAAAUAACCCUGCAGCUACCCGCCAACGCAAUUUUUAACGUCCUCUCGUCCCUUGAGCCUUGGCCCCUAGUAUUCUAGUGGCGUUUUCACUUCUUGAAGGAUCUACUUUCACGCGUACGCCUCUUAUUUCUAGUAGAUGGAAACAUAGGUCAACAUGACGGCGACAGACGACAUAAAACACUCUUCCGACGAGGCUCGGCCAAUGUCUGCAACUUAUGAGCGACGCGACGAAAAAGAUGCUCACCUUGCUGCUGAGGAAGGCAUCGCGGCGACGGACAGCCUUGGCGAGUCCAUCGUCCAAUUUGACAGACUAGCCGAGAGAAAGCUUCGGAAUAAGAUAGACCUAAUGGUCGUGCCUACAGUCUCAUUCUUAUAUCUCUUUUGCUUUAUCGACCGCGCGAAUAUCGGCAACGCGAGAUUAGCCGGACUAGAAGAAGAUCUAGGCAUGUCGGGAAACGACUAUAAUAUGCUUCUUUCUAUCUUCUUUAUCGCUUAUAUCGUCUUCGAGAUUCCGUCCAAUUUAGCUUGCAAGGCGAUCGGUCCGGGCUGGUUCAUCCCAUUCCUAUGUUUCGGCUUUGGCGUCUGUUCUAUGGGGAUGGCGUUCGUUCGCAAUUUAUCGUCGGCUUGCGGCGUCCGCUUCCUCCUUGGUACCUUCGAGGCUGGAAUGAUGCCUGGCAUCUCGUAUUACCUUUCGCGAUGGUAUCGCCGUUCCGAAUUGGUCUUCCGGAUUUCGCUGUUCAUCGUUAUGGCUCCGCUAGCUGGCGCAUUUGGAGGGCUGCUCGCUUCGGCCAUCCUCAGUCUAUCUAACAUCGGCAGCGUCACAAGUUGGCGCAUGAUUUUCCUCGUCGAAGGAAUUAUUACAAUGGGAUUAGCCCUAAUCGCCUUCGUCACGCUAACCGAUCGCCCCGAAACAGCACGCUGGCUCUCGGAGGCAGAAAAGACCUUGGCCAUCGCCCGUGUUAAAUCGGAAAUGCUAGGGCAGACCAAGGUGCUCGAUAAGACGGACCGUAAUAAGGUCUGGUUAGGAUUCUGGAACCCUGUCGUAAUAGCGACGGCCUUCAUCUUCUUGUUCAACAACAUCACCGUGCAAGGCCUGUCCGUCUUCGCGCCCACCAUCGUCGCCAGCAUCUACCCCAGCUACACGACGGUGCAGAAGCAGCUGUACACGGUGCCGCCCUACGUCGUCGGCGCCGCCUUCGAGGUCGCCAUCCCGCUGCUCAGCUGGCGCACCGACCGGCGCCAGAUCUUCCUCAUCGCGACCGCGCCCCUCACCAUCAUGGGCUACAUCAUGUUCCUGGCGUCCAAGGACCCCAAGGUGCGGUACGCGGCGACCUUCUUCACGGCCAUCAGCACCUUCGCCGCGGGGCCCCUGGCCAACGCGCAGGUCUCGGCCCAGGUCAUCAGCGACUCGGCGCGCAGCAUGAGUCUGGCCACGAACAUGAUGUUGGGGAAUAUCGGCGGCCUCAUCGCGACCUGGAGUUAUUUGUCUUGGGACGGCCCCGAUUAUCCGAUUGGUAAUGGGUUGAAUUUGGCGGCGUCGAGCAUGUUGCUGAUUAUUGCGACGGCGACGCUGUUCUGGAUGAAGGCGGAUAAUAAGAGGCGCGAGAAGCUCGAUGUGGGCAAGGAGCUGGAGGGCUUGACGCGCGAGCAGAUUGAGAGCUUGGAGUGGAAACACCCCGGUUGGAGGUGGAAGCCUUGAAUGGGGGGGUGCGGCGAGGUUAUAUAUUUUUCGUGCCUGUCGUUGGUUAUCAUCUGUUUAGAUUGUGGGCGGAUUUCUCUAUACGUAGGAACGUGUAUGUGGUCCUAAUCAAGCGAGCGUCUAAAAUCGGAUUGGGGGUUA